CCGGAGACGCGCUGGGCAGCGCUGAGGGGACCGCCGGCUGGAGCUGCGGGGACCCGGAACUCGAGGAGCUGCGGCCGCCUGUGGCCAGGUGCUUUGGGAAGGGCCUGGAAUCAGGCUGGCCACACGAGCCAUGGCUUGUGAAGCAGGUCCCCAGCUCUGACCACCCCCGUGGGAUUCUCGUGCCUGGAGCAGGCCCCUGAGGAAGUCGGCCCCAUGAAGGCAGACGGGCUUCAUCAUUCUUUCCAGGGCUGUGUUCCCAGGGCCCAGGACAUCGGCACACAGCAAGAACUCAGCAAGGAUCUGUGGGCUUUCUCUCCUUGAAGCUUGAAGCUGGGCACCCUGGGGGCCAUGCAGAGGGCCGGAGCAGGGGGCCGGAGGGCCUCCGACUGCGGGCCUGCCCCCUACCGACCCAGGUGCAUCACCAAGUUUGCCCAGUACGUGGGCUCCUUCCCUGUGGAUGACCUAGACACCCAGGACAGCGUGUGGCUGGUGCAGCAGUGGCUGUGGGCCCUGAAGGACUGUCCCCGUCGCCGCGCUGUCAUCCUGAAGUUCAGCCUUCAGGGCCUCAAGGUCUACAGCGGGGAAGGAGAGGUAGGAGCCCAGGUGCUCCUGAUGGCCCAUGCCCUAAGGCGCAUCCUCUACUCCACCUGGUGUCCUGCCAAUUGCCAGUUUUCCUUCAUUGCCCGGAACCCACGCAGCCCCCCCAGCAAACUCUUCUGCCACCUCUUUGUGGGCAGCCAGCCUGGAGAGGUCCAGAUCCUGCACCUGCUGCUCUGCCGCUCCUUCCAGCUUGCUUACCUCCUGCAGCACCCUGAGGAGAGGGCGCAGCCUGAGCCCUGCCCUGGGCCUGCAGGGGACCUGUCCCCGAAGCCACUCUCCAGCCCCGGGGGCCCCCCAGCUCUGGUGCGGGAGCCCUUCAGCCGUGAUCAGCUUUCACAGAACGUCCAUGCCCUGGUCUCCUUCCGGCGCCUGCCGGCAGAGGGGCCAGUGGGUGGCGGUGGGAAGGAGCUGCCAGAGUCAGAAGGCCGUGGGGGUGCCCGCCAUGCCCGCCUGGGGAAUCCCUACUGCUCGCCCACGCUGGUGCGCAAGAAGGCCAUUCGCAGCAAGGUGAUCCGCUCCGGGGCCUACCGAGCCUGCACCUACGAGACGCAGCUGCAGCUGUCGGCUCGGGAGGCCUUUCCUGCUGCAUGGGAGGCAUGGCCCCGCAGUCCUGGUGGUCCCUCGUGCCUGGUGGAGAGUGAGGGCAGCCUGACAGAGAACAUCUGGGCCUUUGCUGGCAUCUCCAGGCCCUGUGCUCUGGCCCUGCUGCGAAGAGAUGUGCUCGGGGCCUUCCUGUUGUGGCCUGAGUCAGGUACCAGUGGCCAGUGGUGCCUGUCUGUGAGGACACAGUGCGGGGUGGUGCCCCAUCAGGUCUUCCGGAACCACCUGGGCCGCUACUGCCUAGAGCACCUGCCUGCAGAGUUCCCCAGCCUGGAGGCCCUGGUGGAGAGCUACGCUGGGACUGAGCGCAGCCUCUUCUGUCCCCUCGAUGUGGGCCGCCUGAACCCCACCUACGAGGAGCAGGACAGUGGGCCUGAGGGCAGGCCCCCACGGACUCUCCGGCCCCUGGGCCAUGCCAAGUCUGAGGCUGAACUUCAGGGCCUGGGCUAGGCCCUGCUCCAGGCCCCGCUUACCCGGCCCCUAGGCCUUCAUAGCUGCUGUGCUCUCCCUGCUCCCCACUGGCCACCAUUCCAUCUUGUCUCUGCACCUGGACCAGUUUUCCAUUCCUCACUGCUUGUGGGAGGGGAGCUCUGAGAUUGGAGAUUUUCAGUGGCUUCUCAUAGGCCAUGUGGUCCUAUGAGGUUCCAGGCGGGUGCCAGGCCCUCCAUCGCUUCUGGGUGGCUUUGGGGCUCGCCUCCAGGCUUCCACUCUGCUCCUGGCACGGAGCUUUCUGAGGGUUAGGGGGCUUGCUCAGCAGUGGAGGUGCAGCCCUUUCCUAAGGGGCCAAGUCUCUGGAGAGCCCCUGACAGGAGCCAGACACUGAGGGCAUGUGAGCAUGCCGGCCCCAGCUCAGCUCUGCCGGCCGGCAGCCAGCUGCCUGCCCCACUCACUCUGCAGACACCAGUCAGUUUGGCGACUGCCUUGGGAAGCCACUGAUGUUGGCGUUUCCUUUAAUGUAGUGCUGACCACGGCUGUCAGGGGCUACCCUUCUCACCACGCCAGCCCCUCUGGGGAUGGGCAGAACAGAAUUAUCCACAGGCAGAAGUGAGGCCAGAGGAGGCCUGGCCUCAGCUGGCAGUGGGAGAUACAGAAACCAUCCUGGUGGAAGGCAGCGGCCCUGCUGGUGACCAGCGAAUCCAGGGAUCCCCUUCCUAAGUAAGCUCGCAGACAACUAUGAAUCUGCCCAAUGAAGUGAUAGGGCAAGUUCCUUCUGGAUGAACUUCUGUCCUGAGGCAGAAGCCCAGUCAUGAGUUGGGGGACCACCUUCUUCCCCAUCCGGGGGUGGCAUGUACCUGUUGGGUGCCGUGGGUCACAGACUUCUGACUCCCUGAAGAAGAGGGCAGUGCCAGCCGGCUAGAAAGGAGGAGGCAGCCCUGGGAGGGAGGAGGGGGCCUCCUGGAGGAUCAGGCCUGUGGCGUCCUCAUCCAGCCCCCGACCAGGACACAAUCUUGUCGCUCUUUCAAGUCAAGUGACGUGUCCCAUUUCAAGGGAUAGAAGGAACUGUCCUCAGGGAUUCUUCCCUGGAAAUGUCUCUGACUUUAUCCAAAUGUAGGUGGGAAGUUGGGACAGCCAUUCCCCCUGGAACUCACCCGCUGCCUGGGCAGAGCACUGGCCGGCAGUGGGAGACCCCAGCUCGUUCCCCGUCAGGGAGAAGAGUUCAGUGACAUCUUCUGCCUUGGACAACAGCGUGGAAGAUGUGCACUUAAGUAAACCAGGGAUUGGCCCAGACUUGGGCUGUGGCUCAUCUCUGGGAGGGCUGGGUCUUGUGUGAAUUACCUCUGGGGACAAGAGAUCGGGGGAUGUUCAGCACACUGAAGGGACAAGCCUUCCCCCAAGCUCUUUAACAUCCAUCCAAACAGCAUUUAUUGGUGACAUGAUACCAACAGGGCAACGUUUUUGGCCCACGUGUGCAGGUUCCCCACAUCUUGAUUAUAGACCACAAUUUUGUCUUUGUUCCAACCAGCGCCACCUGGGGAGUCCAGCUUUCCUUACCGUGUGGA